CCCUUCCCCGGUCGACCGCUAGGGGGCGCUGUGGCGACGAAAGCAGGCCGAGCAUCAGCAGUUUUACCUCGCUGCCCUUUCCCAGCACCGUCUCACCUUCAACCGGCCGGGCGCAACUCCACCGCCGCAUCCGAGAAAGACAAGGGGACGCACACAAAAGAAGAACGACAGCGUAAGUUUCACCAGGAGGAGAGGCCGAGAAAUAUCAGUGUAGGUCGCGUUAAUGAUGUAGGGCAUCGCUUGGAGAUUAACAUCUAACUGAGCCUCGUUGCGACACGGAGACAGCGUCCGACUGCGCACGAAUAAAUCCCCUCCUCUGUCAGCUCUGCCGGGAGAAAAUACCUGCACCACGAGCCCCGUCCAAGCAGAAGGCCCGAGUCUCUGCGCAUCGUUUAUUUUGACGGUCACAUCAGGCCCCGCUCCGCGUCGGACCGCCUCCAGCAUCUUCCCUCUCAGCAGAAAACAGCAUCCUUCCUCCGCCGAAUCUGCGCCAUGGCCGACGUCCCAGCCGAGUGCAACAUAAAAGUGCUGUGUCGCUUUCGUCCCCUCAACCAGUCGGAGAUCGUCCGCGGGGACCUGUUUCUGCCCAAAUUCCAGGCGGACGACACGGUCGUCGUGGGGGGAAAGUCCUACGCGUUCGAUCGCGUGUUUCCCACCAACACCACCCAGGAGCAGGUGUACAACACCUGCGCCAAGCAGAUCGUGAAAGACGUGUUGUGUGGCUACAAUGGCACCAUCUUCGCAUAUGGACAGACGUCCUCGGGGAAGACUCACACCAUGGAGGGCAAACUGCACGACCCUCACCAGAUGGGCAUCAUUCCUCGCAUCGCAGAGGACAUCUUCAACCACAUCUUCGCCAUGGAUGAAAACCUUGAGUUCCACAUCAAGGUUUCCUACUUUGAAAUCUACAUGGACAAAAUUCGUGACCUGCUUGAUGUGACAAAGACAAACUUGUCCGUUCAUGAAGAUAAGAACCGAGUUCCAUACGUCAAGGGGUGCACUGAGCGUUUUGUCUCCAGUCCUGAUGAGGUCAUGGAUGUGAUCGAUGAGGGCAAAGCUAACCGCCACGUCGCUGUGACCAACAUGAACGAGCACAGCUCUCGCAGCCACAGCAUCUUCCUGAUCAACAUCAAGCAGGAGCACGUGGAGACCGAGCAGAAGCUGUGCGGGAAGCUCUACCUGGUGGAUCUGGCCGGAAGCGAGAAGGUCAGCAAGACGGGAGCUGCAGGAUCUGUUCUGGAUGAGGCUAAAAACAUCAACAAGUCUCUCUCUGCUCUGGGAAACGUCAUCUCUGCCUUGGCAGAGGGCACGAAAAGCCACGUGCCGUAUCGCGACAGCAAAAUGACCCGCAUCCUGCAGGACUCGCUGGGCGGCAACUGCCGCACCACCAUGUUCAUCUGCUGCUCCCCCUCCAGCUACAACGAAACCGAGACCAAGUCCACUCUGAUGUUUGGACAACGCGCCAAGACCAUCAGGAACACGGCCUCCAUCAACCUGGAGCUGACGGCGGAGCAGUGGAAGCGGAAGUACGAGAAGGAGAAGGAGAAGAACAAGACCCUGAAGGACACCAUCCAGAAGCUGGAGUGUGAGCUGAACCGCUGGAGGAACGGGGAGAACGUGCCCGAGACGGAGCAGACCACCCCGGACGCCGUGACCCGCUUCGAGUCGGUGGAGGAGCGGCCCGUUUUGGACAACGACACGUCCUCCAUCGUGGUCCGCAUCUCCGAAGAGGAGCGUCAGAAAUAUGAGGAGGAGAUCCGCAAGCUGUACAAGCAGCUGGACGAUAAGGAUGAUGAGAUCAACCUGCAGUGUCAGUUGGUGGAGAAGCUCAAGCAGCAGAUGUUAGACCAGGAUGAGCUGCUGGCCUCCUCCCGCGGCGAUGGGGACAAGGUGCAGGCGGAGCUCGGCAGGCUGCAGGUGGAGAGCGACUGCGCCAAAGCGGAGGUGAAGGAGGUGCUGCAGGCUCUGGAGGAGCUGGCCAUCAACUACGACCAGAAGAGCCAGGAGGUGGAGGAGAAGGGGCUGCAGAACCAGCUGCUGGCCGACCAGCUGGCCCAGAAAAUGGCCAGUCUGAUGGAGCUGGAGGCGGAGUUGUCCCGCAUGCAGGAGGUGAGCGGGCAGCAGAGGAAGCGCAUCGCAGACGUCCUCAACGGUCUGAUGCGGGACCUCAGCGAGUUCAGCACCAUCGUGGGCAACGGCGAGAUCAAGCUGCCGGUGGAGAUCAGCGGGGCCAUCGAGGAGGAGUUCACCGUGGCUCGCCUCUACAUCAGCAAGAUCAAGUCGGAGGUGAAGAGCAUGGUGAAGCGCUGCCGCCAGCUGGAGAACAUGCAGCUGGAGUGCCACCGCAAGAUGGAGGAGACGGGCCGGGAGCUGUCCUCCUGCCAGCUCCUCAUCUCUCAGCACGAGGCCAAGAUCCGCUCGCUGACCGAAUACAUGCAGAGCGUGGAGCAGAAGAAGAGGCAGCUGGAGGAGAGCCACGACUCGCUGAGCGAGGAGCUGGCCAAGCUGCAGGAGCAGGACAACUCCCUGCUUGAGGAGAAGGAGGGAGAAAAGGGUGAGACCGAGGAUGGGAGUGUGAAGAAGAGGGGGGAGUCCCACCGCGGCCUCCACCACAAGCAGCUGGCCCGUCUGCGGGACGAGAUCAACGAGAAGCAGCGGCUGAUCGACGAGCUCACCGAUCGUAACUCCAAGCUGGAGCUGGAGCUGGCGCAGGUUCGCGCCGACUUCGAGCGCCUGAAGAGUCAGGACAGCACCAAGAGUGAGCGGCUGGAGGAGCUCUCAUUCCUGCACGAGCGCCACGAGCAGACCAAACAGGACUUGAAGGGUCUGGAGGAGACAGUCGCCCGCGAACUCCAGACCCUCCACAACCUGCGCAAGCUGUUCGUUCAAGACCUCACGUCGCGGGUUAAAAAAAGUUCCGAAAUGGAGCCUGAUGAUAGCGGGGGGUCUUGCACCCAGAAGCAGAAGAUUUCCUUUCUUGAGAAUAACCUGGACCAACUUACAAAGGUUCACAAACAGCUGGUUCGUGACAAUGCAGAUCUGCGCUGUGAGCUUCCAAAGCUGGAGAAACGUCUUCGGUCUACUGCUGAGAGAGUUAAGGCCCUGGAGACUGCACUGAGGGACGCCAAGGAGGGCGCCAUGUUGGACCGCCGCCGCUACCAGCAGGAGGUCGACCGCAUCAAAGACGCCAUGAGGGCAAAGAUUGCCAUGAGGCGCCCCCAUGCGGCGCAGAUCGCAAAACCAGUGAGACCCAAGCAGCUGCCGGUGUGCUCCCCCACGAACCCGUUCUACACCUACAUCCGAGCCACUGAACAGGCCAACACCUACAGCAACGCCCUCUUCCAGAGCAACGUGACACAGAGCCCGGCCGGCACCAACUGCAACCCCAACUCUGUGCAGAGCAACACAGUCUCCACGGCCCUGGGUUACAGAGCAGGCAGGUAUAAUGGAGACAUCCUGGAGUCCUACCCACUGAACAUUGACAACGGUAACAGCAUCAGUGAAACGAGAGACAUCAAUGACAACAGGAGUGAUGUUCACUGCGGCAGCGAGGUGGAUGAUUCAAACAGGCACUACAUCAUUCAGCAGGAGACCGCUGCGAGUUAAUGCCAUGAAGACGACCACACACUGUACCCGUCCAGGGGCCUCCCCUCCCAUCUGCAUGCAGCCCCCGUCCCUCUGCAUCACUGAAGACCUGUAGCCCUAUAGUCCCUAAAUAGAUGAAGUCCGUCCUGCUCCUGUGGUGAUCACGUUCGCCCUCGGGUUUGGGAUUCAGUCCCUUCUAGUUUUAUCUGUUAAAUUAUUAUUUUUAUUUAUUCUAAAUAUUUAUUUAUUGAAACUAUUACUACAGAGUACCCUUUAGUUCUUAAGGUUAUCAUGUCCUGAGAUGGUUGAACUGCAGUGGCUGAGCCCAUCCCUGAUUGCACACAUGCCUUGUAAAUAUUAGUGCCAUUUGCUCCACUAGAGGUUUUUGACCAGCAGCUGUUUGUGUGAAUGCACAGCCUCCGCGUCCCCCGCACACGCCUCCUUAAGGACAUCGUGUGGACGACGCUCCGUAGGCAGACGUGACCUUUCUCCCCGUCGUAAAUAGGAAGACGGAGGCUAACGCCAGCUAGUAACAGAAGCCCCCUCGCCGCAUGUCGCGUAGCGGGUUGGCUUUCCAGCCCUUGCAUGUGUCAUGAAUCCGGUCGGGAGCUGGAAUGCGGAUCGACUUCCACGGAUGUCACAGCAGGAGAUGAUGGGCUCCCUUGAUCCUAAUCCUGGCCUCAGCGCUUUACGUUUUCUUUUCCAGGGUACGUUUGAAUCCAGCACUGGGUUGUUGAGGCUUUACUGCGAGAAAAAUGAGCGACCCAGGUUUAAUUUGAUCCAAGAGGAAAUCAGAGGCUCAGGGCGUGAGGGAAGCCUGCUUUGAUGCUGUGAUGCUGUAGCUGUAAGGUGCCGCCGUACGCUCAGAUAACGCUGUCAUAAUUGCAUCCGCACCUUGUUAGUCUUUAUACCGAGCCUUAACAACAGCUGAUUUCUCAUGAUAAAAGCCGCACGCUGUCACGUGCAUACGUUUGUAAUCACUACCUCUAGAGCUUAAAUUAAGGUCAUAAAUAACCUUUUAAAUAAGGAACAAGUUGUUAGUAAGAGUUUCUAAAAAAGGUGCAAAUCUACUACAUAAAAAGCUGUAAGUACAUUUAAAUGCUCGUUUAGUCAUUUUGUCCUUCUGCUCACACUGUUCGUGCAUAAACUCUGUUCAUCGAGUGUCAGGAUCACAGCUGAGUGAAAAACUGCAGCAGAGGUACAAUAGAAAGCCUGGAAAAACCAUAUCAGGGAAGUCGCUGUGGAACGGGAAAAUGUUACAUAGAGAGGAAAAACAGACUAUGACAGUAAAACACACUUUGGAUGUUCUUUAGUGAUUCGGUUUGUAAACAGAUCCAUGGGAAAUGGAUGUGUUAGUGUGUCUCAGUCCCAGCUGAGCAGCCACCAGUCUGGGACUCGACACUUUUGCUGCACAGAAAUUCUUCUGUUACAAAUCCUGACCAACCACUCAGGAUAGAAGAAAGCAGCAGGUCCGAGGCAGGUGAUGGAUCUGUGCGACUUGGACUCAAUCUCCCACUGAGACGUCAGAUUAGGUCAAAUGUAUUAAAGGAGGAACAUAAGGACUUCUAGAUCUGACUGAAUUGGAGCACUUAUCACUAUUUGCCAUAGCACUGUUUUGGAUAUUACACUCUAUAUGCAGUAUUUCCCUUGGAAAAAGACCGUACGCGUGCACGUCUCAUCAUCAGCAGCUGCUUAAACUCUGCUGGUCACUUUUAGCAUCAUGUUCGCAUGCUGCAGUAAUAAUCACAGAUAGAUACAGUGACUUUCCUCCCCUCGGCUGCGUGAUCCUCCUUCCUGACAGUCCCGCUCCUUCGCACUGGCAUUAACAACAUCUCAGGGCUUCCCAUGCACAGACGCAGCCUCCAUCGCCGUCUUCCUCAUAGACAUAAACCUUCGCGGACAUGGAAGUCGGCGUGUGCUCUUCGAGGCUUAGCAGAGGAACAGAAUGAUGCAUUUAAUAUUAUAGAAAGAACAUCAUUUUGUAAAUAUAUGACAUCUCCAUAAAAACAUGACAUGCAGAAUGAAACGACCCCCUGCGACCCUGCUGCAUCAUGUAAGUGUAGUAAAACCAGUCCAAAGGAGGAAAACCUGUGCGAUAUUGUCACCUGCUGCCCCACUGUCUCAGUUCAACAUAUCUAAAAUACACGUGCUAUAUAUUGUUAAUCUUGUAAGUAAACUAGCGCAGAUGAACAGCGUGUUCAAACAAAUGUCUGUUUUUAUUUCUGUAUGCCUGUACUGUAGCAUCAACACGAUUAUGUGAAGCAUCACCGUACAAAAUCUAUGUAAAUAUAUAACUCACCACUAUGCUAUAAUGUAUGUGAACCAUUGUGUUGUAGUUAAUAGUUCAAUAAACUUGUAGAAAGGA